AUGGGGAUCAUGAUGAAGAUGUUGCCAGAACACAAAGCCCUUGGCAGAAGUGCUGUUGCCAAACAUGGAAGAUCUUUGAAAGCAGGAAAGAGUCCAGUGCCAAAUGAAAAAAAUAUCAGAAAAAGUAUGGCAUACAACAGGGGUGAAGGUGGAAUUCCACCAUUGCUUACUGCAGAACAAGAAGCUCAACACAUUGUCAAUGCUGCAAGACGUGGUGUAAUGGGCUUGUUGGACUACUGCGAAGUAGAUCGAGCUCUCUUGAGCCCCUGUUUGAGUUUGCGGCACCAGGCCCCAAAACACCCCGAAAGAGUUAAAACCUUAGGGAGUGCUUUGGUCUUUUUCAAUGGCUAUUCAGUUUGCUUGAAACGUAGUGGAAUAGGUGUUCUAGCAGCUGCUAUUUGUUUGAUUGGGCUUCCAGCAGCUUGA